ACCUCCUUUCUCUCUCCUCUUCCAAAAGGAAUGAAAUUGAUGAUUCAAGGUCACGCGAUCCGAUUCGAGAAGAUGAAUUAUAUUCAAAGAUAGUAGAAACGUGUUUGAAGAUUUGGAUUUCCGUAUAGAUAGAUAGCAUAACGCAGAGAAAUCGGCAAUUUUGAUGGUUUGAAUCUAACAUUAGGGCUUUAAUCAGAUAACACACGCAAAAAGAGAGAAAAGAUGGGGGUGGAUUACUAUGAGAUACUGGAUAUGGAUAGAAACGCGACAGAUGAAGACGUGAAGAAAUCUUAUAGAAAGCUGGCUAUGAGAUGGCAUCCUGAUAAGAACCCUACAAACAAGAAGGAAGCUGAGGCAAAAUUUAAAGAAAUUUCAGAGGCUUAUGAAGUUUUGAGUGAUCCAGGCAAAAGGCAAAUUUAUGAUCAACAUGGGGAAGAGGGGUUGAAAAACAGACCACAUACAGGUUCUAGUAAUGGUGGAGGAUUCCCAAAUGUUUUCAAUCCUCGGAAUGCAGAAGAUAUUUUUGCAGAGUUCUUUGGGGGUAGCCCUUUUGAAUUUGGAAGAUCCAUGAGGUUUUCUUCAGAUGGUACAGGUGCUAGUGGACCAAAGAAACCUCCCCCAGUUGAGAGCAAAUUGCCUUGUACACUUGAGGAACUCUACAAUGGUUCCACUCGGAAAAUGAAGAUAUCGAGAACUGUCGUCGAUUCUAAUAGCCGAUUGCUAUCAGAAUCGGAGAUUUUGACAAUUGAGGUAAAACCGGGAUGGAAGAAAGGAACAAAGAUAACUUUCCCAGACAAGGGGAAUGAACAGUUGAAUCAACUACCAGCAGACCUAGUGUUUGUAAUAGAUGAGAAGGAUCACAAUAUUUUCAAGAGAGACGGAAAUGACCUAACCAUGAGCCGCAAGGUGAAGCUGGCCGAGGCACUGGGAGGCACAUUUGUCAAUCUCACCACACUUGAUGGGAGGGAGUUGUCCAUUCGGGUGCCCGAGAUUGUUUCACCUGGAUAUGAAAAGGUGGUUUCUAAAGAAGGAAUGCCCAUAGCAAGGGAACCUGGGAACAAAGGUGAUUUAAGGAUCAAAUUUGAGGUUAAGUUUCCCAGAAAGCUAACCCAGGAUCAAAAAACAGCUCUCAGACAAGCUUUAACUGGAUGAUC